AUGCUUUUACAUUAUGUAAUUCUUAUCUUGUCAAGUGUAAUUCUCGUUGAUAGUGCCGGAUUUUCAGUUCAAUUGCAGAAGGUCAAAAGUGAGUGAGAGGUGUUCCUCGAUCAAAAUAAAUAAAAUUUCAGCCAAUAAGACCAAAGUUCUUCAAGACGUUUACGGUCAAAAACUAAACAACAAACAGGAUGUGGAGUACCGCGGAAUCAUGUCGCUCGGCACCCCUCCACAAAAGUUUAACGUUGUGUUUGACACGGGCUCAGACAUUUUGUGGGUACCUCACAAAGGAUGCAAAUCUCAAGGUCCCGUAGUCAAGAAUUGUAAAUCUGGAGAGAAUGUUUAUGAUGAAAAGGCAUCAACGACCAGUGAGCCGACUGGGAAACAGUUUGCAAUUGAAUAUGGGACUGGAACAGCACAGGGAAAAUAUUUUAAGGACGUGCUUGCGGUGAGUUUUGUCGUGAGGGAUGAAAACGGGAACAGUGGUCCCAAAAUCCCCGAUUUUGUAUGCAGUAUAUUGUUACAGAUAGCCCAUAUCAACCAGACUAUACGGGGUGGGCCCCUCGAAACGGCCAAGUUGUUUCUUUGAAUUUCUCCGCGGAGACUCCGCCGAUUUUUCCAAAAUUUAGAUUUUUCUGAAGCUGAGACCCGUCAUUUUCAACCGACUGAAUUUCAAAAAAAUAUAUUUUUAAUUGACCUUUCCAUGCCUUCUCAAAGUUUUGAAAAAUUAUUUUCAGGCCGAAACCGCUAAAACUUUAGAAAAUUUUUGGAAUGAUUUUUAAAACUUGGCCAUUUUUCCGAGUUCUUGGGUGAAAUUUUCUUUGUUUCCACCCUGUAUUUUUAUUUUUCUCAUUGUUGAAAUUAAUUUUUAGUUCGGCGACCCCUCCGGACCUCAACUCAAGUUCAAGAACAAGGUUCUCUUCGGCGCCGGAACCCAAAUGACCUUCUCCGACGAAGGCAUCCUUGGCCUCGCUUUUCCUGUUAGAGGUGCUGAGGACACAUCGAUCUUUCUGCAAGCUAUGAAAGAGGGCAUCUUGGAUAAACCAAUCUUUACCACCUACAUGAAAAAGUGUAAUGGCAGCUGUGAUGAUGGAGGUUUAAUUACAUUCGGCGAUGAGGAUAAGAAGCAUUGUGGAGAAGUUCGGGGAUAUGUAGAUGUAAAGAAGAACGCGUCUCAUUGGAAAUUCAAGAUGGAUGGAUUUCAAAGUAAGCAGACUAAGAGCAAUUUAGCUAUUCCACAGAGGCUAGUUUAAUUACAACUUGAUCGCUUACAAUUUGAAUCAUGUCUUUUCUUCCAAAUCCUUCAUUUUCAGUCGGGAAACUCUACAAAUUCAAAGUCCAAGAAGCGAUUACUGACACCGGAACUUCAGUAAUUGUAGUCCCCGAAAAGUUAAUGGAACCCAUUGCCAAUGCCAUCAACGCCACACCAUAUGGAGAGACUUACAUGGUCCCAUGCUCCAAAAAGUUCCAACUCGGCCUUAAACUCGGAGGCAAAACUUAUUUCAUCGACUCGCAUCAGCUCUUAUUAAAUGGCGGCGGCGGUGGGUUUUGCCAGUUGGCGAUUGCCCCAGGCAACUUCGGCUUUUGGAUUCUGGGCGAUCCAUUCAUUCGGCAGUUUUGCCAGGUUCAUAAUAUGGAAAAGCGACAGGUCGGGUUCGCUCCCGCUAAAUUCUGA